UCUAAUGAGAGUACAUAUUUAUUCAUUUGGAUCAUGCCUGAAUUGAUGUGCUGCAUUGUCGGCCUUUUGCUGCCAGCUAUCGUUCUAUCGCACGAUAGUUCCUAUCGUUUACCCAAUGCACUAAAGCCGCUGCACUACGAUCUGCGUAUAUUAACCCACCUGAAUGCACCCCAAGAUCUGCGCUUCGAGGGCACUGUGCAAAUCGACUUGCAGGUCCUGCAUAACACAAGGGAUAUAACGCUGCAUGCCAUAAACUUGACCAUAGAUGAGGCACGCAUUACUUUGUCAACGCGCAACGGCAGCAGAAGUCACAGCGUAAGCCGCAUUGAGCGCAAUGAGACGCUCGAGUUUUACACCAUGCGGCUGGAUGGGGAACUGCAGACCCAUGAGCAGUAUGUGCUAGGCAUACCCUUCAGCGCAGCCUUGAAUGCCAAUGAUGUCGGCUACUACUCGAGCUCCUUUCGCGACCCAAAGACGAACCAAACGCACUACUUGGCGGCAACACAGUUUUCCCCGACCUUUGCACGACUCGCCUUUCCGUGCUUCGACGAGCCGCAUCUGAGAGCCACUUUCCAGGUAACGCUGGGCUAUCAUAAGAACUACACCGGAAUGAGCAAUACGCCCGUCAGCAAAUGCGUGGAUCAUGGUACGCUUAGGGAUUAUGUGUGGUGCCAGCAUGAGCCGCUGCUUAGCACAUCCACCUAUCUCGUGGCCUACGCCGUGCACAACUUAUCUAGCCUGCCGGUGGUGCACAGUGAAACGCACAACAACGUCUCCUUUCGCAGCUGGAUGCCACCAGAUGCAGUUAGGGACGGCUCUUUCACUGCGAAUUUCGGACCUAGGGCUUUGAGCUAUUUGGAGAAACUCUUGAAGUUCGUGUUUCCCUUGAGGAAGGUGGAUCAGGUGGCGCUGCCCUCGCAUAAAUUCAGUGCUAUGGAAAACUGGGGCCUGGUCACGUUCAAGCAGACCAGAUUUGUCCAUUACGAUGACGAGCUGAUGCAGGAUAAAGAGGAUAAGUCGUUCACCGUGGCACAUGAAUAUGGACACCAGUGGUUCGGUAAUCUGGUGGCCAUUAGUUGGUGGAACGAUCUGUGGUUGAAAGAGGGACCCUCCACGUACUUCGGAAACCUGGCCCUGGAUGCUCUCAUGCCCGAAUGGGGCAGCCUCCAGCGCAGAGUGGCAGAGGACCUGGCUACGUUCUUUUGCAAGGAUAUGUACAACGAUACAAUCGCCAUUUCACGCGAUGUGCAGGACUCGAAGAGCAUACUGGGUCAGUUUACUCCAUAUGCGUACGAGAAGGGAUCCCUCAUGAUGCGCAUGCUGCACAAGUGGCUGGGCGACGAGGUCUUCUUCAUGGGCAUACGCAACUAUUUGCGGAGGCAUGCUUACGACAGUGUUAGACAGUCGGAUCUGUGGCAGGCCAUGCAGGAGGCGGCAGACCUGCAAGGCUCAGGCGCAGCAGCGGGUGACAUUCGUCUGGCCACUGUAAUGGACAGCUGGACAUUGCAAAAGGGCUAUCCGCUUCUGAAUGUGAUUAGGAAUUACAGUUCCAGUACCGUCUGGAUUGAUCAGGCUCGUUUCAUGCUGGCAGCUGAUGGCGGGGAGCCCACUUGCUGGUGGAUUCCGCUCACGUUUGUCAAUCAACGCCAGGGAAACUUUGACGAAACGCAGCCCCAGUUCUGGCUCGAGUGUCCAAGCACGGGCAAGACAUUGCGCCUACGCAAGGACCCCGCUCCCAACGAGUGGAUCAUGCUGAAUCCCCAAGUGAAUAGCAUUUACCGCGUCAACUACGAUGAGCCCAAUUGGCGAAUGAUUAUCAAAACACUCAACUCGGCUGACUAUGGCUCUAUUCACGCACUCAAUCGUGCCCAAUUGCUGGAUGACCUCCUAAUGUUGGCCGCCACCCGAGAGCAGAGCUACGAUUUGGCUUUCUCGAUGCUGGAGUACUUGCCGCGCGAGGCAGAGUUUCUGCCCUGGGAUAGAGCCGUUGCCAUGCUGAACGAUCGCGGUCAGCUGCUAAGGGGCGAUCAAGAAAGGAUCUUCCGAACGUUCAUGAAGAAGCUGGUGACACCGCUCCUACUUCGUACGCCCCAGCUGAAUUCGGCGCAGCUGAGAGCCAAGUCAGGUUCAUUCGCUGCCCUCUAUCGGCUGGCCUACAAGGAGGCUUGUCGCUACGACGCGGCCGACUGCAUCAGCCGGGUGGAGGGCUUGACGCAAGACGAUGCGAAUGGCAGUCAGGUGUCGGCUGACUAUCGGCUUAUUGCGGACUGCACGAGCAUUGAGCUUGGCAACAAUGUGCUCUUCCAGGCGAUACUGAAACGCUUUCGAGCCAGCGAUUCCGAUGCCAAAAAGAGUGCCUGGGCCACAGCACUCGGCUGCAGUCGUGACUUUGGUCAGCUGCGACCUGUCCUGGACUAUUUGAUACAGGCAACUGACAAGGUCACAUACAAUUACUAUAUGCAAGCGGUCACAUCGGCUUUGGAGCGCAAGCACUUGGCCACAGAGAUCGCCGAUCACAUUAUGCAACAUGCCAAAGCAAUCAACAGCAAAUUGAGUUUGAAGCAAAUUCAAAUCCUGCUCAAUCGGAUAAUAGGCGAUUUAAUCACUGAGCUUGAGGACAAUCAAUUGAGGCAGCAAUUGAGAGGCCUUGACAAAUUUGAGGCUCAGCUGCAGGCGGCACUCGAUAGGCGUGACACCAAUCGCUAUUGGCUGACAAACCGCGCCGAGCACUUUAUUAAAGCUUUAACUAAACACACCUAGGAGCCCUGGCUGAGCUGGCUAAUUGAGAGUCAGCUGCGACUGCUUUGGUUCUGUGAAUAAUAAAACUACAUAGUCUAAUAUGGGUAUAGC